AUGGCGUCUCUUCAGUAUCUGACUGGUGACAAGUCUGGCAUCCAGCAGUUUGUCGACAAGUUUGACACUUUUCUAUUUGAUUGCGAUGGGGUCCUAUGGUCUGGCGAUACUCCAUUCAAAGGAGCCGUUGAAACGCUGGACAUGCUUCGGAACAAAGGAAAGAGAAUCGUCUUUGUUACGAACAACAGCACCAAGUCGAGAGUAGACUAUAGGAAAAAGCUUGAUGGCCUGGGAAUCAAGGCUGGAAUAGAAGAAAUAUUUUCCUCGUCAUACAGUGCUUCUGUAUACAUCUCGCGGAUCCUGGAACUGCCAGCGGAUAAGCGCAAGGUCUUCAUUCUCGGUGAAUCCGGUAUAGAACAAGAACUCGCCGCCGAAAAUGUGAGCUACAUUGGAGGGACCGACCCGGCAUAUCGACGAGAAAUCACACAAGAGGACUAUCAGAAGAUUGCCUCUGGUGAUUCUUCAUUUAUGGAUCCAGAAGUCGGCGUGGUGCUGGUUGGUCUGGAUUUCCAUAUCAACUAUCUCAAGCUAGCAACCGCAUUGCACUAUAUUCGCCGAGGUGCCGUGUUCCUUGCGACUAACAUCGACAGCACCUUGCCAAAUUCAGGCUCUUUAUUUCCCGGAGGAGGUUCCAUAUGCGCACCCCUUGUUGCUAUGCUCGGAGGUGUAGGCGUACCUGGAGCAGAGCCCCUCUCACUGGGAAAACCUAGCCAGGCGAUGAUGGACGCUAUUGAGGGCAAGUUCAAACUUGACAGAAAUAGAACUUGUAUGGUCGGCGACCGGAUAAACACAGAUAUCAGAUUUGGUAUCGAUGGAGGCCUUGGUGGAACUCUUGCAGUCCUUACUGGCGUUACCUCAAAGGAUGAACUGAUGACAUCGUCAAUAACCCCCACGGCAUACGUUGAUGCGUUGAGUGAUUUGUUGGAGGGUGCAUAG